AUGUCAGAAGAACAAUUUAGCGAAACUAAAGAAGCAGCUGAGCCUUACAAACCUGUCGAUUUUAAGGGCGAUCCACAGCAUACUGAAUUAAAAGUAGCUCAAUCUACUUAUGGAAAUGAUGAUGUACCUAUUGGAAAAUCUUCAAAUAAAUAAAUGCUUGAUGAAUUUCCACCUGAAGGUUUUGUCCCAAAAAAGGCUGCACCCAAAAAGGCACCCAAAAAACCUGUACCUCCUCCUGUUGAAAAUGAUGAACCUAAAGUUGUUGCUAACCCUGAUGAAAUUCCUAUUAAACCUGCUGGAGCAAAUGUACUAGAUGAUUAACCUGUUGGAGGAGGCAAGAAGUUUGCUAUUAGUGAAUACCCUGAAGGAAUGGAAGGAGGAGGAGAAGAUGUUUAAUAGACAGUCUUACCACUUGCCUAGCGUUUGAAGUCAAAAGCAUGGAAAUUGAGACAGAGUGCUUUCGAAGAAAUGGCAGAACUCUUUCAAAAAGAUGAAUCUCUUGAUGAAUAUUAUGAAGAGUGGCCUAAAUUAAUCAAUGACAAUAAUCCUGGAAGUUAAGAAAAAGCAUUGAUAGCCUUAUAAAUAUUUAUUUAAAAGUGUAAUAAAGGUUAAUUUGCAGCAAGAUUUGAUGCAAAAGAGACUAUUAGAGUGUUAAUAGAUAAAUGUAUUGCUCCAGGAAAAAAAUAAAUAGUCAAACUAAGUUAUGAAAUCUUUUUUGAUAUAUUUGAAAGAAGAGAUAAAUAAGAAAUGUUUGAUGUUGUUAUAGAAAUGUUAAAAAAUAAAGUUUAAAAAGUUUAAUGUGCUGCAAUAUAAAGUUUAAUAGAAUUGUUGAUUACAUUUGGUCCUAAGAGAUUUGAUUAUUUGAAACCAUUCUUUCCAGAAAUUGAGAAAUUAUCUUAAUCAACAGUUUCAUCAAUUAAAACAGAAUGUAUGAACUUUUACAAGGAAGCUCAUAAAUGGUUAGGAGAACCAAUUUUAGCACCUUUUAUUAAAGGGUUAAAAAAAUUGUAAUUAGAAGAAUUAGAGAAAUUUCAAAAAGAAUGGUAACCUGUUCCAAUGGUACCAACAAGAGGUGGAGAUGCUGUAACUGUUGGAUAAGGAGGUGGAGCCAAUAAUGGAUUAGAUGCUUAUGAUUUAGUUGAUGCAGUUGAUAUUUUCAAUAAAUAUAAUGAAAAAUGGUGUGAUAAAGUUUUAGCCUAAACUAAAUGGAAUGAGAAAUAAGCUUUAUUAGAGUAAUUGUUAAAAGAAGCAGCUACUCCUAAAAUAGCUCCUGGUAAUUAUGUACCAAUGAUUGCUAUGAUUAAAAAGCUAUUAGUAGAUUCUAAUUAGGUUAUUAAUGUAUGUGCUAUUAAAUUAUGUGGAGCAUUUGUUAAAGGUCUUAGAAAAAACUUUACUGCUUAAGCAAAACUAUUAUUUCCUCUUUUAAUUGUUAAAUUAAGAGAAAAAAAAAAUAUUUGUUAGGAAGCUAGAGCUGCUAUGGAAUUAUUUCAUUACUCUUUAUAAGUAGAAGAUGUUGUUGAAGAUUUCAAGGAAGGACUUGCAGAUAAAAAUCCUCAAAUGAGAGCAUAAUGUCUUUUAUUAUUUGCUAAACUUGUUUAAUUGAAAGGAUUCCCUUAAGGAGCACCUAAACCUAAAUUUGUAGAUUGUGUCAAACAAUUAUUACCAUUAGCAAAAAAAUUAAUUGAAGAUAGUGUUCCAGAUGUAAGAGAGGCAUCAGUAUAAAGUUUAGGAACUCUUAAACCUUAUUUAUCAGAUUAAUUAAUUAAUUAAUUUUAUUCAGACAUUGGAUAAUAAAAAUUAAGUAAAAUUAAUGAAAUCUCUGGUUAAAUUGAAGAGGAGAAAAAGAAAGAAUAAAUAAAAAAAUAACCUUAAUAAACUAAAGAAUAAUAAUAAUCAACUUCAUAAAUUUAGUAAUCUAAUAUAUAAAAUAAUUCAAUAUAAUAAGGAACUGCAAAGAAACCUCCACUUUCAUAAAAGAGUAAUAUUGUAAUUACUGAACAACCUGAAUAAAGUAUAGAUUAAUUAGAAGGUUUAUUAAGAAGUUAUGGAGUUGAUGAUUAAUUUUUUGAAAAUAUAAAUGGUAUGGCUAAAUUGAAAGCUGAAGCUAUUAAAAUGCUUGAAAAUGAAACUGAUACUAUGUAACAUCAUUUUGAAGAUAUUUUAAAUUUUUUGAGAAUAAAAUUAAAGGAUUGGAAAGAAGCCAAUCUUUCAAUAAAUAAAGAACUUUUUGCUUUAUUAAUAUAUGCUAAUAAUUUAGAUCCUAAACCUUUUACUUAAAAAUCAUUUUAACCUUUAUGCAAAUUGUUGGUUGAAAAAAUGACAGAUUCUAAAUUCAGAGAAGACAUCUAUAUAAUUUUGAAGGGAUGUUGUGAAUGUGUAAAUCCAAAAUAUAUUGUAUUGUAUUUAAUGACUUAAGCUGUGCCAAAAGAAGAUAAGGAAAGUGGUAAACUUUCAAUUGUACCUCCUUAAAAGAUUGGAGAAGUAAUUAACAACAUUUCUAAAAUUAUUGAUAUUGUUACUAUUCGAAAUGUUCCCACUAAAGAAAUUAUUGAUUUUGGUAAAGAAUAAUUAUAAUCAACUAAUGCUAUUAUAAAGACAUCUUGUGUAGAGUUGUUCAAGACUAUAUAUAAAUAUAUUGGUUAAGAAUUACUAUAAUUUUUAUAAGAUGUCUAACCUCCAAUUAUGAAGACACUUAAUUCUGAAUUCGAAAAAAUAUCAGUCUUAACUUCUUAUGAACCAACAAUAACUUUUACAGGAGAAGCAGCUAAAGAAUGUGGAGUAAUACAAUCUCAACCACUAUCAUAAUCAAUUAUGUAAUCAACAAUUUCAUCCAUUAAUGAUAAUUUACCAAGAGCUGAUAUUUCAAAUUAAUUAUAAUCUGUUUUAAAGAAAAUGGCUGAUGUUUAAUGGAAUAAGAGGAAAGAAGGAAUUGAAGAAUUAGAUAAAUUAUUAACACAUAACAAUAAUAGAAUAUAGAUAAAUGGAUUAAAUGAUUUAAUCAAUAUGUUAAAAUAAAGAUUGAGUGAUAAUAAUAAAUAAUUGGUUAGACCUAUUGUUCAAAUAGUGGGUAGAGUUGCUGAAGCUUGUGGUAAAGAUUUUAAAUCAUCAGGUAAAUAAUUAAUUUCACCAUUAAUUUCUAUUCUAAGUGAUAAAUAAGUAUUAGUUAGAUAAGAUGUUGUUGCUAGUUUAGAUAAAUUUUGUUUAGCCAUAGGUAUAGAUUAAGUGAUUUUGUAAAUGCCUCCUUAUUUAUAGAUGGAAUCUAUUGAAUUGAAAUAAGAAGUUUUAUUAUUUAUAAUGAAAUAUAUUGAGGCUUUACUUAAAAUGGAUUACAAACCAUUUAUUUUACCAUUAAUUAAUUGUCUUUGUGAUAGAGUUAAAGAAGUGAGAUAGGCAGCAGAAUAAGUUUGUGAAAGAAUGGUUGAAGAUGUAGGAAUAGAUCCAUUUAUAAAUUAAAUGAAAGAUUUAAAACCAGCUGUUGUUUAAUAAGUAAAAUAAUUCUUUGCUAAAUUUGGAAUGACAGAAAUAGAAGAAACUUCAAAAAGAACAGGUAAAACACCAAAAGGAAAAUAAUAAUAAUAAUAAUAAAGUUAAUAACAAGAUAUUAGAAAUAUGAAGAGAAAUUUAACUACAAAAGAUUUAUAAAGUGAUUUGAAUACUUCUCAAGAACCAAAAUAAAGAAAUGAAAGAACUCCAAAAAAAUCAUUGCAUUAAAAAUCUCACAAAACUUUACCAUAAGACAAUACACCAUUAAGACAAUAAAAAGAAAAAGCUAUCUUUCAAGAUAGCAAUAGUUUGAUUGCAAAAAGUGCUAGUAUUAAGGAAAUGAAAUUAUUAAGAUUAUAAUCAGAUUAAGUAUAAUGGUGGGCUAAUGAUUGUUUUCCAAAUGGUGCAUUUAGUGAUCUCUAUGUAUGUCUAAGAGAGGAUCUCUAUAAUCAAUUAAUGUCAUACAAUUAUAAGGAUGUUAUGAAAGGAUUAUAAUAAUUAAUGACUGUAUGGAAUGAUCCUGAAUAAAAAUUAGACAUAAUUGAAUUAAGUGACUUACUAUUAAAAUUUGUACUUGUUAAAAUAUAUGGAUGUUCUGCUAAUCAACUAUUAAUUAAUGCUUUGAUUAGUUUCUUAGAUGCAUUCUUUUAAACAAUCUCAAAAUCAAAGUAUAUCUUAACAGAAGUUGAAUAAAUUGUAACAAUAUCUUUAAUAAGAGAACUUAUUUAUGCUGGAGUUGAUAUUCAUUCAGAAUUGAUAUAAAAUCUGUAAUUUGUAUUUCCUGGUGAAAUAAUGAUUAAAAGAUUACUACAAUUAUUUAGCAUCAAUCCUUAAAAUUUACAUCCCUUCUUGAUUGAUUAAAAAGAGAGAAUUGAUACAUAAUUAUGUCUUUUAAUUAUUCAAGGUUAAUUAGCUAAAUUCUUUCCUUUAGAUCUCUUUCCAGAGUAUUCAUAAUAUUUCACUAAAGAAUUACAAAAUGAACUCAUUGCUCUAUUUGGAGAUAAUACUAUUAAAAGAUAUACUUAAUAAUAGUAAUCAUAUUCGUAAUAAUAAUAAUAUUAAUAAUAAUAAUAAUAAUAACCAUAAUAAGUAAUUUUAUAAACAUAAUAAUAAUCAUAAUCAUAAUCAUAAUACUAAACAGGUAAAUAACCAAUUGUUUAAGGUACUAUUUAAUUAUAAUCAUCUAAGGAUCCAAGAUCAUAAUAUUUCUUAUAAAUUUUAGAUUCCCUUCUCAGUUAAUAAACUUCUCAAAAAAUUGAAUCAUUAAUGUAAAUCAGUGAUUUACUUACUCAAAAUAUAUAACAAAAUUAAUAGUUAUUUGUUGAUAAUGCAGAGGCAAUUUGCAAAUGUUUUUAGACUUUAUUAUAGAAUACUUUUACAUAAAGAGAAACUUAUCCUGCCUAAUUUAUACAAUUCUUCUUAUAAGCAUUAAAUAAAUUAUAUUAAUUAAAACCUUAUGUAAAUUAAUUACCAUAUGAAUUAUUAUGUGGAUUUACUGAAGAAAUUAUGUAAAGAUUAUUAACAGAAGAUGAAAUUAAAGCACAACAUGAAAAUGGAGAUGCUACAGUUAGGUAACUUAACUCUACUACUCUUCGAAUCUUAGAAAAUACAAGUUAAGAUAUUAUGUUUUCUAUUUUAUUUGACAUUUUAACUAAACAUAGACGUAGAAAUAAUGCAUCUAAAAUGAUAGGUUUGCUUGUUAAAUGCAUAGCUAGAUUAACAGCUAAAGUAGAAUAGAAUAGUAAUAUUAAGAUUGAAUUACUUCUUCUUAAAUUUCAUAAUUAUUUAAAUGAAUUUUAACUCUAUCCUAACUUUGCUGUAGAUGAAUAAGGAGUUAAAACUAUUAAAGUUGUCCUUUAAUAAUUAGUUAAAAUGAGGGGUGAAGCCAUUUGGGAAAAUUAUCAUCUUGUAAGCAGAAGUACAUAAUAAGAUCACUAUCUAAAUAAAUGGAUUCAAGCAUAUCUUGGUAAUCCAUCUUUGUAAAAUGCAUAACAAGAAAAUAAUCUUUCUGAUCAAGAAUUAGUAUAAAUAGCUGAAAUGUUAAGAUCACCUUCUUUAUUAGAUAGUGGUAUUUAAAAGAUGGUGGAUAAAAUUAAAAGAAAUCCAAGUAUUAUAUUUAAUAUAAUUUAGCAAUCUAAUGGUAAAAAUAUGUUUAAGAUCAAUAGAUUCAAUUACUAAUAUAAUAGUAAUUGACUAAUGGAUAAGCACCUAUUUUAGGAGGUUAUAUUAGUAAUUAAUCUUCAUUAUAGUAAUCUUAGUUAUAACAAUUACCCUUACAAUAAUCAUAAUUAUAAUAGAACUAAUUAUAAUAAUCAUAAUUACAAUAAUCCUAACUAUCUGUUAGACCUUAGUUAUAAUAACCAUAAUAAUAAUAAUAAUAAAUAUAAUAACCAAUAUAAUAAUAAUAAUAACCAAUAUAAUAAUAAUAAUAACCAAUAUAAUAAUAACAAUAAUAAUAAUAAUAAUAAUAACAAUAAUAAAUGUUGCAACAAUUACCUUCCUAUCCAAGAACAACAAGAGCAGUUGAUUAAUAAUAAUAUAAUGAUUCUCUGAAUAGUUAAUAAUUCAAUCAAUAUAUGUCUGUUAAUUAAUAUCAAAUGAAUUCAAAUUAAAUAGGAUAAUAACAAUAAUAAAAUGUAAAAACUCCAGAAUAUUUAAUGUAAAAAUUAACUGAUAUGAAAAAUAAAGUUCAAACUCUUGUUGGUCCAAAUAAUGUGUAAUAAGCAUAAAAUUCUAGAUCAUUUUAAAAUAAUCGUAUGCCAUAAUGA